GCGAGCCACCCUGCGUAACGAGCCAGCAUUGAACACUUUCAUCUAUAAUAUUCUGCAACAGCUGUGUCAAUGCGCGCCAACAUAUCUGGGGUAUAGACCGGAAUGCCAGCUUCCUGUCGACCGCUCUACAUCCAACUUGGGUUCAUCUUGCAGACGCUGUCAUCGAUUCCGUCCUUGUGCGAAAUCCGACCUGACCGAUCGAUCGCUUCAUACAGGCACAAUACAAAUCCAUUUACAUAUUCAUCAGCCUCUAUCGAUCGCUCAGAAGUAGCUCUACGGCUACCUUCGGUAUUAUCUUCACGAGACGAAGGUUGCGCGAUCCCGAGCGCUGCCGCCGUGGGCGUUCAUGGUAUCGUUUUCGAACCUCAAUUGUCGAGUCAUGCCGCCAGCCGAGAACUCUCGAAGAACUAUGCUAUGCGCCUCCGUAAUCUGCCUUAGCACACCUGUCCACACCGAGGGCUCUAAAACCACUGUGGUCUACAGCUCCUCGUGGAGAUGAUAACAACGCGAUACAAGAAUGAUCAAUUCAAGUUUAUUUAGGAACAUCAUCUUCGAUUGACAUGAGAAUUUACUCCAUAAAGAACUUCAAUUCAUAAGGUUACUUAAGC